AUGAGUUCCGCAUUUAGAAAGGCAUUCGGUCCUCGUGCAUCGGUCGUCUCACCGGAGAUGAACAACAGGUCGAAGCUUAAAAAGCUGUGGACCCGUCCGAUGCAGCAAGAGACCAUCUGCCUUCUUCCUCCGCUGGCACAUAAACCAGCACCACCGGCUCGACAGCCCACCACAUCUACUCACCAGAAUGGUGGAUCUCCACUGGCACAUAAACCAGCACCGGCUCGACAGCCCACCACAUCCACUCACCAGAAUGGUGGAUCUCCACUGGCACAUAAACCAGCACCGGCUGGACAGCCAACCACAUCCACUCAGCAGAAUGGUGGAUCUCCACUGGCACAUAAACCAGCACCACCAGCUCGACAGCCCACCACAUCCACUCACCAGAAUGGUGGAUCUCCACUGGCACAUAAACCAGCACCACCAGCUCGACAGCCCACCACAUCCACUCACCAGAAUGGUGGAUCUCCACUGGCACAUAAACCAGCACCACCAGCUCGACAGCCCACCACAUCCACUCACCAGAUUGGGGGAUCUCUGUGCCAUCCCAGUGUUAAGCCCCAGCUCAGUAACCUGGAGAUCCAUCAGAUGAAUGUCUCCAAGGAGAGGCCAGGCACCUCUAAACAGAGUAACCUUCUAAAGUGCAUCUUUGGCAAGGAGAAGGUGGAACCUUUGAGUCCCGCAGAUGCCCUGAUGCUUCAUGGACAGAAGCUAACUGACUUUGAGCGGAAUGAGAUAAUAGGAUACCCAGAGAUCUGGUACCUUGGCCUGAAUGCUGACAAGAUCGCAGGGUCUGUUUACAAUCCCUAUAACUCUGGAUAUGAUAAUGAGGGUGGCCAUUACAUUAAGGUCGCUCAUGACCACAUUGCGUAUCGUUAUGAGGUGCUGGAUGUGAUUGGUCAAGGGUCCUUUGGCCAAGUGCUCAAAUGUCUGGAUCACAAGACCGAUGAGAUGGUUGCUCUGAAAAUAAUACGCAGGAAUGAGCGGAUUAAUAAACUGGCUGGGGUUGAGGUGCUCAUUUUGAACGCUCUGCGUGAGAAAGACAAAGACGACUCCUUCAAUGUCGUCCACAUGAAGGAGUUCUUUGUCUUCCGCAACCACCUCUGCAUCACCUUCGAGCUUUUGGGAUCAAGCCUAUAUGAUCUCCUUAAAAAGAGACAUCAUCAGGGUUUCUGCAAGACGCUAGUCCAGCGCUUUGCCCGCUCGUUACUGGAGUGCCUUCAGGUUCUUCACAAAGAGAAGAUCGUCCAUUGUGACCUCAAACCUGAGAACAUUCUGUUGUGCCCAGGCAACAAAUUUGACACCAAGGUGACUGAUUUUGGAUGCGGCUGCUUUGAGGAUGAGAGAAUUUUGACUUACGUUGGAAGCAGAUGGUACCGCGCACCAGAGGUGAUCCUGCGUCAGCCAUAUGACUCUGCCAUAGAUAUGUGGAGCUUUGGCUGUGUCAUAGCAGAGCUCUACACUGGCCAGCCAAUCUUAACUGGGAAAAACGAGUUGGAUCAACUGGCCUCCAUUUUGGAGGUGCUUGGUGUGCCGCCUACUGAUUUUACUCAAGAAUCAGAAAUUUGGGAGAACCUCUUUGAUUCAAAGGGGAUGCCCAAGAUGGUGGUUUUUCCUAAAAGAUAUCCCAGCACUAGACCUCUGGCCAGUAUUCUGAGAACCACUGAUGCAACCUUCUUGGACUUUUUGAGGCGCUGCCUGACGUGGGAUCCCAAGAAGCGCAUGACUGCAAAGGAGGCCAUGCAGCAUAAAUGGAUCGUGGAGUGUUGUCUUAAAAAUCCACGCCAGCAGCAGCGUGAACCGAAGCACAGCACUGGCAAGAACAAAACUGAGACGCCCCUUCUCAAAACUGCUGAAAAAGGCCUUUUACAGCAGCAGGAAAAGAAAGUCCUGAUCAACAAAGGGGGGCCAUCAAAGAAAGUUGUGCUGGUCCCUGGCUCAGGUCCAUCGAGUGGACUUUCCUGUGAGCCAAAGCGGGGACAACCACAAAAAUUAUUUCCCAAGAAUAGUGGAUUGAAGCGAUGGACCAGACAGCGUUCAUCAAAGCCCUAG